GCACUCGCACCAACGCUUUCACUCACUCACUCAGUCAGUCAGUCGCUCAGUCAAUCAGUCAGCCAAGCAAGCGCUGGAGGGGAAGCAGACAAAGAAGAGCAUCAUCCUGAAGUAGGACAGCACGCUCCCGGGGGAUGGGGCACCAUACCCCUGCAUCGCGGUGGGGGGGCCAUAGGAGGCACAGGCGGGCCAUUCAGAAGAGCCGGGGGUCAAAGGUGAGAAGAGCAGAGGGCACCAUGAGCGAGCCGGGGCCCCCCGCCACACCGGCUGCCGCCGCCACGACCGCCGCCGCCUCCACCGCGGGCAGCAGCUCCGCGACUAUCACAACCACCGCCACCAUGUCCGCCAGCUCCACCACGGCUGUCGGCACCAACGCGACCACCGCGUCGACUACCACUACUGCUUCUGCUAGCAGUACUAAUACCACCACCAGCAGCAGUAGUAGUACUAGUAUUAGUAGCAGCACUAGUAGUAGUACCAUUACUGCAGCAGCAGCAGCGAGACAGGCAGUCCCUCAGAUUUCAGUUUACGGCGGAAUACCCGACAGGCAAACCGUGCAGGUGAUCCAGCAAGCACUCCACAGGCAGCCCAACACGGCGGCUCAGUACCUGCAGCAGAUGUACGCGGCCCAGCAGCAGCAUCUCAUGUUACAGACCGCAGCGCUCCAGCAGCACCACAGCCUCAGCACGGCUCAGCUGCAGAGUCUUGCUGCCGUGCAGCAGGCCAGUCUCGCAGCGGGUCGCCAGAACUCCUCCCAGAACGGCACAACAUCUCAGCAAACAGGCUCCACUCAAACCACAAUCAACCUGACCGCCUCGCCGGCGGCUGCACAGCUGAUCAGCCGAGCCCAGAGCAUCACGUCGGCUCCCGCUAGUAUUUCCCAGCAGGCUGUUCUGCUGGGCAGCCCGUCGAGCACCACCCUCACCGCCAGCCAGGCGCAGAUGUACCUGCGUGCGCAGAUGGCCCAGCAGAGCAACGUUUUCCAGGCGCAGCAAAGCAACUUAGUCCAAGUGGCCAGGAGUUUGGGCCGAGCCGUCCCCCUUUCGCCGCAGCUGAUCUUCACGCCGACGGCCACCGUGACGGCGAUGCAGUCCGACAGCUCCGCGCAAAAUCAGGUCCAAAAUCUGGCCAUACGCAGUCAGCAGGGAGCGACCACGUCUUCCACCCAGGCUCAGACGCUGCAGGCUCUGAGUUUGAAGCAGAGCCCCGUGGCCAUCCAGCCUGCCUCGCUUGUCAAGAACCCCAGCCAAGGGAUGCAAGUGUCUGCGGGACUCAAGUCCAACUCAACUGAGACCUCCUCCGAGGCCGGAAAGAAGGGGGACGGCGCUGUGGUCACAGAGGCCCGGGCCAUUAAUAUGAGCCGCAACGUCACGACAGUCGGCGCGCAGCCGCUUAUUGCUCCAGCCUACACGCAGAUUCAACCCCACUCACUGGUACAGCAACAUAAGCAGCAGCAGCAGCAGCAGCAACAGUUUGUGGUUCAUCACAGCCAAACCUCCCAGAGGAGCUCGGGUCAGCUGUUGCAGACGGCGUCCAUUCAGCCGUCGCCGCAUCCCGUUCCCGUGCUACCCAAACCGGCAUCCCACCAGACCGCCGCUCCUGGCCAGCACGCCAGCAUCUUCCAUUCCACCAUAAGUCCCCACAUGCUCCAGCCUGCUGCCUCAUCAAUGACGAGUCAGGCCAAAGCUCAGCCUGUGCAGCUCACGGCCAUCAACCUUCAAAUCCAUCCCACGGCCUCUCGAACGCUGGUUCAGGAGUGUAAAGAUAAGCCAACGUCACUGGUGGUGAGAGAGACGUGUGCAGCCUCCAACCCGCCGCCGCAGCAGCAGCAGCAACAAAAGCCGCCGCUGCCGCCGCCACCGCCGCCGCCACCGCCGCCACAGCAGCAAAAUACGCCGGCGCCACCCAGGAAGCCGAUAGAGCACCCCAAAGCUGACACGGUGCCACAAGGUCAACCGCAAGUGGGGGGUGCGACCAAGAGGCCGGUGCCUGCACCCGAGAGCCCGCCUCCACCCAUGACCUCAGGAAAGGACAGCGAGACGCUCAGCGCGGCGCCGACGCCUGUCGCACCGCACAACGGCGAGAGCAGGCCGCCGCAGGCCAUCGUCAAACCGCAGGUCCUCACGCACGUCAUUGAGGGCUUUGUCAUCCAGGAGGGUGCCGAGCCGUUCCCAGUGUGUGUGGAGCGUCUCCCCAUCCUCAUCGACAGCCCCAAGAAAGUGGACAGUCAUCUGUCCUCCGACCCGGACAAAACUCCCGUCAGCAACGCGGCCAACUCAGACUCGGAUCCUGAAGACUCGAAUCAGACGGAAAACGAUCAAGAGCCCAAGCUGACGUGUGAAUACUGCGGCUGGGUGGACUUUGCCUACACAUUCAAGCGUUCCAAGCGCUUCUGCUCCAUGGUUUGUUCCAAGAGGUACAGUGUGGGCUGCUCAAAGCGCAUGAGACUGCUGCGCACAGAGAAAGCCAAACAAGCCAAUCGCUGGCAUAGAAGAAGCCAAGGCUGCUCAAGUAUCCAAGCCAAGAAGCGGAAGAUGUCCCCGUCGCCACAGCAGACUCAGGGCGGCUCAGUGUCGUCACCGCAUCCCUCCCAGCCUAGCCAAGAGGAGUCCAGUCCAUGUUCAGAGAUGUCCAGCUACGAAGAACCAGCUUCGCCCAUGUCGGCGGCCAGCUCGGGACCCCCGGCACCUCCCGCCCCGCCCCCGGCUCCCGUCCAGCGGCAGCCGAGCAGGGCGUCCUCGGAGCCGGAAGUCCUCGGCGGCAUUGACGCCUCGCCCGCUUUGUGUCAGCCUUUCUUACCCAAUGACCCCACCAAGUGGAACGUGGAGGAAGUGUAUGAGUUCAUCUGUUCCUUACCAGGCUGUCAAGAGAUCGCCGACGAGUUCCGCUCCCAAGAGAUUGACGGCCAAGCUUUGCUCUUGUUGAAGGAGGACCACCUAAUGAGCACCAUGAACAUCAAACUGGGACCUGCGCUCAAGAUCUUUGCACGCAUCAACAUGCUCAAAGACUCGUAGCAAUGAAAGCAUGUUUGGGACCUCACCAUAUCAUCUUCACAGACUCCUGCACUUACUUGACGGCGACAUGAAGAAGACGCUUUUGUCUCUGUGUUGGCUUUCGUACGGAGAAUCAAAUGAGAUUACCUGUCCAAGUGUUAAACAAGAUGAAAUUCCUCCCAUGUGGUUCCAGAUGUACAAGUUCAUCUCCAUAAAUUUGAAUCUUGUUUGUGAUUUCAAUUCAAAAAGUCAGUCAUUAAACAUGAAGGGGAAUAUUUUGCUAAUUUGAAAUUUCAUUGAAUAUAUUUGGAUUGUUCUAGAAAUGGUGAAUGAGGGGUUUGGGAGCUAUAAUCCACAAAAUGGCAAAUUCAGGAAGGAUUUCACACUGCAUAUGGACUUUUCCAUUUCAAUUACUGAGCUAUAAAAAGUUCUCCGUCAUGUUCCAAUCUAUUGAAAUGCACCUGGUAUACUAAAGAAUAACAAAAGGGCUAAGAGAGUCAAGUCAGCACUGCCGUUAAGUAUUUCCUUUGGUUUUUAAAGGUUUAUAAAACAAGAUUUUGUAGUUUUGUCAGCCUAGGAAAUGGCAAAACAAGCAAUUUUGUGUCUGGGAACAGAAGAUUGUAUCAGCAGGAAUGUUGCUGCACACUAGUGUCCGUUUGUCUCACUAUCAUGGCACUUAAUUGUCUUUUUUUUUUGGUAUUCCCUUCAUCUUAAACAUCCACCGUGGAGUUUUGUGUAAAUGGCAGCCGGACGGAUUUAACUUAACCUUGUUAUUUGACUACAGAAAUAUUUUUUGAAAUAUGCAAAUGUAUAAGAACACCCUUGAGUUUGUUUUUGUCAAUGAUGUUAUCGGUAUGUGUGUUAAGUGGCCGCUGAGGACUUUGGUCAUGUUUUGUCGAAUGCUUGUGCUAUAAAUCAUUUCACCUUCC